CACUUGCGCUCUGGCACUUGGCACCGGUCGCCGGAAACGAAAGCCGGAGAAUUGCCGGUAGAUUCGAUAACAAUUUCGUCAGUGUGGUGAUUUUUAUGCCGUUAAUCUCGGAAUUUUGAAAAGAAUUCUGGACUCUGAAGAAUUGUUACUCACACCGAAGAUACCGAUGUCGAACCUGAAGACCUGAGUCCCAACGUGAGAUCAAGGAUUACACUCGUUAGUACUUUUUUGAUCGAAUUUCUAUCUCAUCCAUCAAUCAUGACCGUAGAAAUGAACGAUAUCAAAGAAUAUCGCUGGGAAACCGGCUACGAGAAGUCCUGGGAAGAAAUCAAAGAAAAUGAAAGAGGUUUGGGUUUAUCGGUGCUCUCCGAGUCGCUUUCCUUAUUGGAACAAAAAAAGAAGAAAGUGGUUGUCGAGAAGGUGGUCAGAUUGGGAAUGAUGAGACAUUUAAACAUCAUAAUCGAUUUCUCAGAUUCCAUGCUCGAUCAAGAUUUAAAACCAACACGACAGAUUUGCACUUUGAAACUCGUGAAUAAAUUCAUUCAAGAAUUCUUGGAACAAAAUCCUAUCAGUCAAUUGGGUAUUGUAGCUACUCGUAACAAAAGAGCUGAAAAAAUUUCAGAUUUGUCCGGUAACGCUAAGAAACAUCUGCAAAGUCUGGAACCUUGUAAUAGUCAUACAUACUGCGUUGGAGAAUCUUCGUUACAGAAUGCAUUAGAAUUAGCUCUCGGUUCGAUGAAAAUGUUACCUUCGCAUACGAGUCGAGAGAUAUUGGUGAUUUUUGGCAGUCUGACGACAUGUGAUCCUGGCAACGUUAUUGAUACCAUAAAGACUUUAAAAAACAACGGAAUUAAAUGCUCGGUGAUCGGUUUAUGUGCAGAAGUUUAUGUUUUACGUCAUUUAUGUAACGAAACCUCAGGACAAUACCAUAUCGUAUUAGAUGAUACUCAUUUUCAAGAAUUACUAAUGGGUCACGUAAAACCACGAUCUGUUAAUAAAGAUUGCGAAGCAACGUGUGUCAAAAUGGGAUUCCCUCAUCACUUGGAACGAUUACCAGCUAUCACUUAUUGUCUAUGUCACCUGAAUGAAACAAAAAUUCCAAACAAAACCGGCUACUUUUGCCCUCAAUGUAAUAGUAAAUAUUGCGAACUACCAGUCGAAUGUAAAACCUGUGGUAUAACGUUGGUUACCUCCGCUCAUCUUGUACGUCCAUUACAUCAUUUAAUUCCUAUACAUCCGUUCAGAGAGAUCGAAAAUUCACCCAAUACCAAUGCCCAAUGUUACGGCUGCAUGACCAAAUUGCAGCAAAGUACCGAACAGAUCAGUGUUUGCAACGAAUGCAAAAAUAUGUUCUGCCCAGAUUGUGAUAAUUUCAUUCAUAAUUCGUUACACGUAUGUCCUGGAUGUGCUGUAGCGUCGAAAUGAAAUGUUAAUCGGUUUCUUCUACGUACCAUCAAUCUUCUAUCUGCGAUAAUGAAUAAUCCGUUUCAAUGGAUCGAAUAAUUUGCUCAGGAUUUCAUAAAAUAUAUCACGAAUGCUUUAAAAGUAAACUCGUUUAUUUUUGUAAAAUGUUAAAAAAACUAUAUUAUAAUUUACAGUUGCCCUUGA